AUGGCUCAGUCCGUCUAUGACAGUGACGAUGAUCCUGACUUGAGGCGUGCGAUUGAGCUGUCACUUGCAGCUGAUUCUACUACUGGGGCACGGAAAAAUGAGACUAUUGAGCUGAGCUCUGACGAGUCUGAAUCUGAUGAGGAUCUCAAGCGUGCCAUUGCCCUAUCGCUCGGACAAGACAUAACAGAGGGGGCUAGAAAGUCUGGUCAAGGCGGCACAAGUCAGGACGAAAAUAGUAAGCAAGAUGAAGAAGACGAAGACGAUAGUGAUGACGAUGACCUCAACAAAACACCGGUUUACCGGCCCAAGAAGAAGAUAACGUCGGAGCCUACAACCAAGAGUCUCCCAGUUCAAGAAAAACCAACGCAGGAACAAGACGCACCACAGAGUUCUGCGUCGAGCAUAUUGGGAUUAAUGGGCACCAAUCGCAAACAGAUGGAAGAGGAACGGCUGGCCCGACUCGCCGCAAAAAGAAAGGCCCCAGACACUGAGCAGGAAUCGCAGGGCCGAGAGAGCAGGCCACGGGCGGGAGCGGUGCCCGCGGCCUCGACUUCCAUGGUAAGCAACACAGGGCCAAGUAAGAAGAGGAAUACCAGUGCACACUUGCCUUUUCCCAAGGGUGUUGUCAAGAAGACGUUUGCGAGGGGGUUUUCAAGGACUAGUGAUGAUAUCAAGAUCGACGAGAUCCUCCAGAAAGAGCACUUGCAACUCGCUGUGCUGAGCUCUUUCCAAUGGGACGAGGCAUGGCUGAAUUCCAAGAUCGACUUCAAGAGGACUAAUGUGGUUUUGGUUGCCUUUGCAAACAGCGAGGAACAGCAACAUGAGAUCACAGAAAACGCCCGUCAAUCUUUUGGAGGCACCAAGAUCAAGAUGUGUUUCCCCCCGAUGUCCGGCAUUGGAAACAUGCAUUCAAAAUUGCAACUUCUAAAAUUCGCCAAUUACCUCCGGAUCGUCGUACCAUCUGGUAAUCUGGUGCCCUAUGAUUGGGGCGAGACUGGUGUUAUGGAGAAUAUGGUCUUCAUUAUAGACCUCCCGCUUCUCAAGGACCCAGAUGAGGCCCAUGUUCUAACUCCUUUUGGCGAAGAACUUGCUUUCUUCUUGAGGGCCCAGGGACUGGAACAGAGUUUGGUCAAGAGCCUAGAGAAGUAUGAUUUUUCCGAGACGAAGGGAAUUGCUUUCGUCCACACAAUCGGGACGUCGCGCGCUGGAAACGCUGACGAUUGGAAGCGGACCGGCUAUUGCGGUCUCGGACGUGCCAUAUCAGCACUGGGCCUUGACACGUCGGCUGAUGUCGAGCUCGACUACAUUGUCUCGUCACUCGGCUCGGUCAACCAUGACCUACUGACUGCCAUAUACUAUGCAGCCCAGGGCAAUGAUGGCCUGAAGGAAUACAAUGAGAGAUCGGCUAGGGGAAAGAGAGCCAAGGCCAUCUCCAUCAAAGCCGCUCUUGGGAAGAUCAACGAUCAACUUCGUAUCUACUUUCCGUCCCAAGAGACGGUGGAACGUAGCCGCGGAGGCACAGAGUCAGCAGGAUCUAUCUGCGCCCAGUCUAAAUGGUGGAACUCGGAUACGUUUCCGCGACAAUUAGUUCACGAGAGUCAGAAUGUGAGGCCGGGCGUGUUGCUACACAGCAAGAUGCUGUUAGCACGGUCCAAGAACUCACCAGGAAAACAGCCCAUCGCCUGGGCGUAUAUCGGAUCCGCGAACCUUUCCGAAAGUGCCUGGGGCCGGCUGACUAGAGACAAGCGGACGGGGAAUCCCAAGCUCAACUGUCGCAACUGGGAGUGUGGUGUCGUACUCUCGCCGUCGGCCAGGACCGACAAGCAUAUUAGCGACAGCCGCGCUGCAGCCAAUAAUGGCGCUGCCGCGGCACCGGCGGACGACAUGUCUGUCUUCCUGGGCAGCAUUCCUGUGCCGAUCAUCUGGCCCAGUGAGGCGUAUGGCAGAACCAAGACGAAGAAGCCUUGGCUCUUUCUCGAGUAA